AUGAGCGACGACGACCGUGUGAACGGCAAUCCCGUUCAAAAGGCGAUGGAAGCGGUUGUGGAAGCCUGGGAGUCGGCACUCAACAAGAUUCGGGAGUGCAAGCAGGAGUAUCAAGCCCAGUUGGAGGAGCUUGCUGGUCUGGGGGGUAUGCCCACGAGGGCUCAGGCUUUCGGCAUCCUGAGGAGCUUCUACGAGAGGGUUAAUGGCCUCAGGAACACGCUAAACCAGCCUGUUCCAGACGAAGCUCUUCUUCAAGUCGAGGCCCCAGCCACUUCUGCCUUGAGAGCUCUGGUCACGCCCGUUCGUAGAAAGAGAUUGACGAAGCUUGUCCUCCCUGAAAGCCAAGUCGUCGCCAGUCCCUCUGCCUCUUAUGACCUCCAGAGCGAGGAUGUCAACAACAGGAAGAAUAAGGGCAAAGACAAGGCCAUCGACACUUCCACAACUACAACCACAACCCUAACCAAAUCCACCGGCAGCAACAAAUCCGGUUCAGGAUCCAUCACCUCCAAAAAAGAUAUCAAGGGCAAGGGCAAAGCCAGCCCAAAGUCCCUUUCGCCUCUCCCUUUCUCUGCCAAGACACUCAACAAGAUCACCAAGACUGUCAACAACAGGAAGACCAGCAGGCUUCCACUUAUCAAGCCUGUUUCCACGCUUAAACUCGGCAGUGUCGCGGCUAUCAAAUCGGUCCCUGGUCCCAGUCGCUCUGACCAGCGCCCUGCCACGCCCGAACCCGAGCUCGAGUCUGACUCCGACUCUGAGUCGGUGUACUUGUCCGUGUUGCAGUUCCAUAGCAGCCUCUCUUCCCCUCCCGACGCUUCUUCCACUCCCGGCCCUUCUUCGACUAUCGCUGCCGUCGCUACCGCAGGCGCUUCAAACAGCCCCAGCUCAAAUGAUACCCAGGAGCAGUCCAUUGCCAUAACCGAUAAGGGAGAACAGAAAGCCGAAGUCCUCGCCUGCGAUCCUACCACUACCACAACUCAAGCUAGCAACAGCGCCAGCGCCAGCGGAUCCGGAUCUGGAUCCAGCACUACCACCUCCAACAGCAUCCAGGAGACACAGGGCAUUGACAUCCAGGAGGCCCAGGGCGGUGGCACAAAGGAAGGAAAGGGCAAGGAGAAUGUCAACAACAGCGACACUCCCACAAAGACAAUCAUUGCCAUCGGAUCAGGCUUCAUUCCAUCCAAGAAAGAUUUGAAAGGGAAGGGCAAAGCCGUUUCCAGAUCUCCUUCUCCUGGCCUUUCCUCCUUGAAGAGCACCAGCAACAAGGUCACGAAGAGCAGCAAGAACAACAAAGAGAACAAGCCAUUCUCCAGACAGAGCCCAUCUGCUGGUGAUCCGUUCGACCUUGGAUCGAACAGCGAAUCCAACAACAUCCAAGAGGAGAUCGUUGUCAAAGACAAAGGCAAAGGAAAGGCGAUUGCCUCUCCAACUCCUACUCCAACUACCACAGAGGAUGUCAACGACAAAGAUGAAGUUAUUGUCAUCACUACCGCUACCGCUGCUUCUAUCACAGCAAAGGCCAGCAACAGCAACAAUGUCAACGACAAACCCAGCAACAGCAGCAACAGCACCAGCACAUCCAGCUCCACCUCCGGGCCCGGCACCAUCCCCAACAAGAAAGACCCUAAAGAAAAGGGCAAAGCAAUCACCACUUCGCCCUCCAGAUCCGCAUUCCCCGGCCCCAGCUCACCCAAAACCAAAACCACCAACAACACCGACAAGGCCAACAUCACCAAAGUCACCAAAAGACCCGCAGCCGCCCAAGAGCGCCAAACAAUCAAGCGCUCCCUAGCCAAAAAGGGCCAACACUGGGCCUUCAAACUCGAGGCCCACUUCGCCGGCAUGACCUCCGAGCAGAUUCAGGAAAUGGAAAUGCAAAACAAGUAUUUCAUCCUCUGCUGUCCAGCACCUACCUGCCCCUCGCCCAAUUUCGGUGGUAAACACCCCUUCAGGGAGGGCAGAGCUGUGCAGCACUUUACUUCUCGCCGCAAUGAGGAAGAAGGGGCGGGAUCAUGCAUGAUGGAAAUCGACGGUGAAGAUGUGGAUGUGGACGCAGACGACGGAGAUGUGGAGAUGACCGAAGCAGAAAUCUUUGAGCGCUUCGGAGCCGAAAUCGUGCCGGAGCAAAAGAGGUGGCCGGUUGACGACAAGUGGGCGAGGAAGAAUAAUAGGGAGUUGUGUAUGAAGGUUGCAGCAGAGGGAGAGGAGAGGGAGUUGGAGUUGUCAGACUGAUUUGUGAAGGAAAGGGUGUUAUGUCCUGCGUGCAGCGGAUGAUGUUUGAGUUUCGGCGAUUGUUGAUGGACUGAAGUCGAGAGAGACGGGAGGUAUAUAGGGGCUCAUGUUCAUUCUACCUACCUAUGUGCAAGAUGGAGGGUACUAAGGGUAGGGUAGGGUGUUUGGUUCGGAGUUCUGAGGAGAUCAUUGCUGAUUUGGUAUGAUAUGAUCAGCGAGAACAUAAAGGAAAUGUACUCGCUCGCAUAUGAUGAGAUAAAGUGGACGGUUAUAUCGCGCUGGGCGGACAGGUAUAGG